CUUGGUCUGUCUGUUUGCCUCCUGUCUUUCUGCAGAUCUACGCAGGAGAGUUCCAACAAGAAGUCCCAAGAGUCUUUUGACAAUCACGAGACAAUGGCAGUGAACAAAUGUUUGAAAUAUCUCUUCUUUUUGUUCAAUCUUCUUUUCUGGAUCUGUGGCUGUAUCAUCUUGGGUAUUUCCAUCUACCUAAAGGUCAAUAAGGACAAUAACUCGAUUUCAGAUGAAUCCCUUCCUGGUGUGGACAUCCUCAUCGCUGUGGGGGUCAUCAUCAUGGUACUGGGCUUCCUGGGCUGCUGUGGUGCCGUCAAAGAGAACCGCUGCAUGCUCCUCCUGUUCUUCAUUUUCCUCCUCCUGAUCUUCAUCCUUUUGGUGGCAGCUGGCAUCCUGGGAGCUGUCGGCGAAAACAAGGUCAAGGACUGGAUUAAAGAGCGCAUGAAUAAGUUCCUUCCUCUGUCUGACCAACCAGAUAAUGUUAAAAACGACCUCUAUAAAUUGCAGGAGAAGCUCAAGUGCUGUGGUCUGCUCAAAGGCCCUGCUGACUGGACCAGCAUUCCCCCAUCUUGCAAAUGUACCUCCACUGGCACCACGUCCGACCCCGCCUGUGGGUCCAGUGGUGUCUACCAGACGACAUGCACUGACCGACUCAUAGAGGAGAUGGAGAAAAGCAUGGAAAUCGUGUUGGGAGUUGCAUUUGCCAUUGCCAUUAUCCUGAUCUUUGGUAUGGUCAUAUCCAUGAUCCUCUACUGCCAGAUUGGAAGGAAAGACAGCACCUCCACUGCGUAAACUCUUCUUACUCAGAGCAUUAUUUUUUCAGAAUGAAUACAUUGAAAACCUGUUAAUUAAGCUCAAAUAUAUAUAUAUAUAUAUAUAUAUAUAUAUAUAUAUAUAUAUAUAUAUAUAUAUAUAUAUAUAUAUAUAUAUAUAUAUAUUGCAUAUGAAUUACUUUGGGAAAAACUUACUUGAACAAUUUGCAACACUCCCACAAUGUGCCCAGCAUCUUAUGGAAACUAUUGAAUGUAUUUUAUUGUAUGGUAAUAGGUUAUAAUAAUAAUAAAAACAAUAAAAGGAGAGACGUACAUUGCUGUAAAUGCAGAUAGUUAGAUGUUAUGUAUUUGUAACUAAUGUCAUAUUGUUGCAUUGACUACUGUAUAUUUUUAUUUUCUGAAAACGUGUACUUUCUCUCGAAAGGUUUAAAUUUACAACUCAGGAGUAUGUUAUGUAUAAAGUGAUGUGACCUAUGUUACUGAAUUGUGCUAGAGCAAAAGAUUGUGCGAUGCUUUUGGUUUGAGUUUUGUCACUUUUCCAACUGUCCAAAUAUAAUAAAAGAUGAAGGGAAAGUUGGCUGCUA